AUGGAGACCCCGGGUCCCCAGGACUCUGCCCGCAGCCCGGGGCGCACGGGCUUCGUUCCCGGUCCCCCGGCGGCCCCGGGCGCCGACGCCCACCGUGCUGGGUGGGUGUCUGGGGCGCUGGGACCCCCGGCCCCGGGGCGCCUGGAUCUGGAGUCCUGGGUCCGGGAGAAAGUUCUCUUUCUUCUGGACCCUCAGAGGGGGCUGCGGGCCGCGCGGGGCGGGGACGGGGCCGCCGCGGGCCUGGAGGGCGCGCGGGGCGCGGACGGCGCGCGGGGCGCGGACGGCUCCGCCCGCGGGGCCCCAGCCCGGCGGCCCCCCGAGCCCGCGGCCCCGGCGCGGCGGCCGCUGCUGGUGCGCGUGGAGGAGGCCCGGGUGACGCGCGAGGUCCUGCGCGCCGCGUGCGCCCGGGGCCGGGUGACCCGCUGCACCGAGGAGCGCGCGCUCACCGCCGUCACCUUCCGCGCCGGCCGGGACUGA